AUGUCACUUCAAUCAGAACUGGAGAAGCUGCCACCAGAUGAGCGUCGGAAGAUAGGCGAGUUGAUUAAGGCGAAAGAUAAUAAUCAACAGCAGUCAAAAAAUGCCGGCGGGCCAGAUACCUCGACGUCCUGGAUGUAUGAGCAACCGAAAGGUAACGCAGAGGAUUUUCUACUGGGCAAGGCCAUUCGCAGUCUGGAGGAAUUGACAGAGAUCAAUCGAGAUCAAGAAGAGGAGACCCCGGCCCAACGACUCACUCGUCUCGAUAUGGAAGCUAAGUUCCGAGAGGAUCCACUCAAUCUCAUGCGGCAGCACGAGAUGGAUAAGAGAAGCGCACUUCUUCAAAACACUGCAAGAAUGAAGAAGCUUCAGCACCUGAUUGAAUUACAAAAUCACGCGAAGGAGAAAGCAGAGAAAAGAAAGGAGGCGAAAAAGAUUAGGAAUAAGGGAAAGAAAAAGCGAAGGCGAAUUUCUUCUUCAUCCACUGAUUCCUCAGAGAAUCCAGAGGAUGAUGCCAUUUUGGAAAAGUUUAUCAGUCUCAUUCGAAACCCAGAUGGAAAGAAAGGUAAAUCCCAAAAUUCUAGCAAAGGAGAAGAGAAAAAAAAUGAAAAGAAAGGAAAACAUCGUCAUGCUCACCAUUCUCAGAAAAUGAAAGUUAACUUGCCGUCUAAUGAAAAAUUCGUCCCCUCAAAACACUUAUCACCAUUACACCAUCCUCAAAACUCAUCUUUUGAAGAACCAUCGAUUCGUUCGAAUGACAGAUCUAGACGCAGAUCUAUAUCUACAUCGAAUACUAAGGCUCCCAGAGACUCCGCCGAGGAUCGGAACACCCGUAAAACAAGAUGCAAGUCUUCUCGAUCCCCGUGUUUCAACCAAAGCUCUCAGAAGCAGUCUUGUGAGGAUUCUUUCAAUCAUACUGACAGUAGGGUCCGCCGCAGAUCGAGAUCCAGGUCUCAGAGAAAGUCUUAUGGAGGUCUUAUUGAUGAUGGAAAUCGACAUCGACCCAAAUCCAAAUCCCCUUUUUCCACACGGAGGCAGGUUUCUGCGGAUUCCUCGCAUUGCUCAGCUGAUCGAUUUCGAUGCAAGUUUAGGUCCAGUUUGAAGGGUAACCUACCCAGAAGUUAUCAACAUCACAGGGACGACAGAACUCGAUAUAAAUCAAGAUCCAGAUCCUCUACUAAUUCUCCACAUCGACGUCGAUCGCCACCACCUUCGAACCUGCAUAGGCGAAAUAAACGGAGUUCGAGGUCCAGGUCUUUUGAACGAAGUUACCGAGAAGGGGGACAUCGUCGGACACAAGAAGAGAUGGCAGCGCUAAGGGCACAGAUGAUGGCAGAUGCAAAGGAACGCGAAGCAGAGCGUCGUCAGCGUUUUGAAAAGCAUCAAAUGGAAACGGCGAAGGAAGAUAAGAUGGAAGGGGAGGCGAGAGUCAAACAUGGGGCCUCAUUUUUGCGAGGUCUUACACUGGACCAUGUGGCUUCCACUUCAGUGGAAGAAGUCGUCCAGAGGAAUGCAAAAUCGAGGCAACGGGGUGGGAUGGAUGAGAAUUUUCUGAGAAGAUAA